UUGCUAUAGGAACUUGGAGAUCUCGGAGAAUUGGUUCCGGAUUGCACGCCGGGGACCUUUCACUUCUGGAACCGGUGGAGCGUCCGCCAUUUUGUGAGAAGCGGCGGGCGGAGGAGGUAGACCCAGGCCGGGACCAUGUCGUCGGUCCGGCCCCCAAAUGCUUUCUGCACCUUAUCUCCGCUCCAGUACCGCGUUCCUGGACGCUCAAUUGAGAUUUAGAAUUAGGGUUUCGAGAGGCCGGAAGCCCGAGGGCAGUUUAAAACCCUGUGUGUUCCGAACCGGCGUCUCCGCCAUUUUGCAGAGGCAGUAGGCGGUUGAUGUGAGUGGAGAGAUAAAGAGGCCGCUGCGAGUCGCGACAUUCGUUUCCCUGUUUUAUUUUCUGUGUCGUCGUCGUUGUCCGCGGAAGGACCGCCCCCUCGCCCAUGAGUGACGCGCGCUGCGCCGGUAAACCCGCAGCGCGCAAAAGCGGAAGUGAGCUUGUUUUGGAAAAGCGAGAGAAAUCCAGACUUCAAACGGUUUCCCUGGUUUCUUUAAAUCUUAGUUCUGUUACUCUCUGUGCCCUAUGGUAUUUGAUAGAGAGUAUUUGAACCAAGUGACAUGAAGAUGGAAGCAGCAGAGAAGGCAAACUUCUCAUCCCAGGAUGGUCUUGAACCUGAUGAUUCAGCAAAAGGUAUUGAGACAAAAAUUGAUGACACCAACAAAGAUGGUGUUGGGUCAUUUCAGAAAGAGACCUCAUCUGCUAAAUUGAGAAAAGAAGACCGUAACUGUCCACCAAAACUAAGUGUGGGCUCUGCUGAACCUUGUUUGUUGAUGGAACUUGGGCAAGACUCUUCCGAAUCCCAGCUUCCAUCUGCAGAUGGUGAUAAACAAACAACUGGCCGAACCUAUGAUAGCGACUCUUCAAAUCAGUGCAUGGUUUCUCCUUCUUCCAGUGGUCAUUUGGCAGACUCUGACACACUUUCAUCUGUAGAGGAGAAUGAGGCACCUCGGGCAAAUGUGGCUGUAGAUGAGGAUCCUUCAGGUGGAUCUGGUCCUGCGGUCGGCCGGAAAUCACGGCGAUCCAGGUCUGAGAGUGAAACGUCAACCAUGGCUCCUAAAAAGAAUCGCUCAUCAAAUGACAAACAAAAUGGCCGUGUGUCAAAAGUUAGAACCCAGAAACAAAAGGAACGGAUACGACUACUACGGCAGAAACGUGAAGCAGCAGCUAGGAAAAAGCACACGUUGCUGCAGGACAGCAGUACAAGUGAUAGUGAUUUGACGUGUGACUCCAGCACAAGUUCAUCAGAGGAUGAGGUCUCAGGAAAUGGCAAGAGGACGAUUAGUGCAGAGAUUCCAGCUGCCAACAAUCGUGCAGAGGGGACUGCAGGCACUGCCGCCCAAAUGGCCGGACUACUGGACAGUGGGAUAUCAUGGGAGCGGAACUGUAUCGGCAAUGUCCUCGAGGAAGCAAUGAAUUGCUUUGCUGAGAUGCAGCGGCAGACAGAGGAAAGAUUCCGGAUGUGGAUGGAAAAGCUGACCCGCUUAGACACUGAUGAGGACACAAAACAGCAAUCGCAUCGACAGGAGCUCAAAAUGCCAACAGGUGGCACAACAGUGCCAGCUCCUAAUCAGCCCAACGUGUUAAUGCAUCUGUCCAGUAACCAUACAAAUCCACAACAAUCAUAUCACCCCUACAUGAGCAACGAUCCAAAUACUGAUAGUACAGCACCAUAUCAAAUGGCUAUCAACAACAAUCCAACGACUAGGUUUCAGGAGAAUGGAAAUUCCUCUGGUCAGGAUCUCAAUCACUCAAAUCUUUAAGCAAUCAGAAAUUGAAAUAUUACAAUUAAACUCCCAAGCUAACCAGAGUUUUUGAAGGAAGAUCUUUUGGCCAGUUAGAUUUCUAAAUAUCAUAAUUGGGCAGCAAUGCAGUUUUUGUUAAUCUUAAAAUGGUUGUUAAUCUUUAAAAUUAUUGCUUGAAAUACUUUAAAGCCACAAGUCACCAUGAUAACUAUAACAACCUACCUCUGACUUUACCUUUAGUCACAUUGCAAGACAUAAAGACUUCGCUAAAUGUAACUGUUCUGUUAAUCAAAGUUUUAAAAUUUUAAUUGUCCAAGUUACAUUAACAGUUAAGUGAAAACUACUUUUAUAAUUUCAGGUUAUUUAAUAUGUUCAUAAAACACAGUUUGGUUCAAUCAUAUAAUGUUCUGACUUUGCGCAUCUGAGAUCAUCCUAAAUUGCAUGCAGUGACUGAUAAAAACCCAGAAAUGACCAUUAUACCUUGCCUAAUAAUUAAAAAACGGCGGAAUGCUUGCCAGAAGAUGCAGUUGCUGAUGCCCCACAUUUCCCUUUUUGUCUCCUCCUUCUCAUCCAUACAUCUCUUGUCUGCCUCCUUGUUCCCUUUGACCUUUUUUUGUUUUUUAACCCCCUCCUGUCCUCAAGAAAACUUCAAAGUUAUUGUUUUUGAGAAUCUAUGCUAUACAACUUGCUUUAUGUGUGAUGCUGUUAGGGUAGGAACUGAAUAUGCAGAUAGACGUUUGAAGCAUGUUUGGAAUGAAAUUCCAGUUUCUUCUCUUUUUAAACUAUUUUCAGUGCAGGUAAUGGAUAGGUGAAGCCUCUGAAGCUCCCACCACUUGGCACCAGUGUUACUGCAUGCUUAUUUGUUUUGCAUCCAUCAAAGCUAUGGUACACCAUUGUAAUCCUUCUUGUGAUGGGGCGCUUAAGGUAUGCUUAAAUAAUGAACAAGGAUUGUUAAUUGAUCAUUUCAGGACCUGGGGCCAUUUCUUUUGGAUUGCACCAGCAGAAAUGAUUAGUUUCAAGUCUAUUAAGCCAGUGACGUAGUGCCACCGUAUUGUGCUUCGUCUAUGCCAUGACACUAAUUUCCUGUAUAGUUGUAGAAAUUGAGCACAAUAGAAAUUUGUCACUGGUUUAGAAUACAUUAGCUUAACCAACUACUGCAAUACAUGCACCAACAAUUGGUCCAUCCUAAAGAAUCAAAAUAUCCUCUUGGCCUUGCACAGUUAGAUAAUUUGCUGGAUAAUGCUGAUUAUGUUCUGUUUGUCUCAUGAACAGUGUUAGAUUUAGUACAUCAUAGAAUAAUUCCACUAGGUCAGCUGAUCUGAAGAAACUUUGAUUUGUGUCUCUAGUUUACAGAUGCAGGUCACAAUUAGUUAUUAUCCUUGCCUGUCCAUCAUGUCCUGAAUCUGUGGAUAAAUGGUUUCUAAAAUUGAAAUCUAAUGUCCUUACCUGGAUAAAUGUAGAGGAUUCUUUCAAACCAGUUGAAAUAUAUUUCAAAGAAGCAAAAUAUUGGGAGUGCUAGAAAUCUGAAAUAAAAAUUGAAUAUCCUGAAAAUAUUCAGUCCAUUGACAUCAAUGAAGCAAGAAACAGUUGAUAUUUCAGGCCUGUGAUCUCCUGUUAGAAGAUUAGAAAUGCAUUUUAAGUUGGCUAGGUUCUAGCAAACGCCAGCCAUGAAAAAUAAUUUUUAAAAUUAUAUUAACUUUAAAUUUUGGAUCACAGCAGCAGAAAUAGAUAUGCACCUAGUAGAAUAAAUAAGGCUAGAUGCCAUUAAAAAGGGCAAUUGAAUAAAUUUUAAAAUUUUGAUUACUAAUAGCCAUUGCAGACGGAGUUAUUGAAUUUUAUGGCUUGUGUUAUAGGGUAGAUAAAGAUUCAUUGGAAAGUACAGCUUAUAACUUUGAGAUUUUGUGCAUACAGUACUUCGUUGGCAACUCAAAAUUAAUGAUUGCUUCACAAAAAUAUGCAUAUAAUAAUGUAGAAUAUUAUUCUAUAAAAGUUCCCACUUUUGCAUAGCAAUCAAAUUUAAAAUAAACACAUGCCUAAAUACCUUGAUGAAUUGGUUGAAAUAGUUAAAAUAAUACUGACGAGAAAUAUUUUAAGACCAGGAAUUGGAAGUUGAAAACUUAUGCAAAAGUGAUAUUCGGAAACUGUGAACAGGAGGAUUUUCUAGAUGAAUGGGCUACAUAGAACAUGGAAAAGUACAGCACAGUACAGGCCCUUCGGCCCACGAUGUUGAGCCUUGGAAUAAUCCUAAUCCAAAAAUAAAAUAACUUGACCUACAUUCCCCUCAAUUCACUGCUGUCCAUGUGCAUGUCCAGCAGUCGCUUGAAUGUCACUAAUGACUCUGCUUCCACGACUACCACUGGCAAACUAUUCCAUACGCUCACAACUCUCUGGGUGAAGAACCUCCCUGUGACGUCUCCUCUAUAUCUUCCUCCUAGCACCUUAAAACUAUGACCCCUCGUGGCAGUCAGUCCUGCCCUGGGGAAGAGUCUCUGGCUAGCGACUCUAUCCAUGCCUCUCAUUACCUUGUACACCUCGAUCAGGUCAUCUCUCUUCCUCCUUCUCUCCAGAGAGAAAAGUCCGAGCUCAGUCAACCUCUCCUCGUAAGACAAGCCCUCCAGUCCAGGCAGCAUCCUGGUAAACCUCCUUUGCACCCUCUCCAAAGCCUCCACAUCUUUCCUAUAAUAGGGCGACCAGAACUGGACACAAUAUUCCAAGUGUGGUCUCACCAGGGUUUUGUUGAGCUAAGAUUGACCAAAUGGCCAUUGUCAUUUAUCUUGUGUCUCAGUUUAUACAGGAACAUGUUUUGCAUUUGAUAACACAUUACCCCUCGGAUACAGAAGGUGUAAUAUUCACCAAGGACUUUUGUUCAAGAUUGCUGUCUGUUGACGCCCUUUGAAAUGCAUAUGUUAGCAUCAGGUCUGAGUGAAUUUGGCUUAGCUGUGAUAUUUUCCAGGGUUGCCAAGUUCACUGGUUUUGCGUACAAAGAAUUCCUCAUUGAUUGACGCUCAUGAUGGCAGCCUGCAGACACCUAUCCUAAAAUGAGUUGGUACUUUGAGAACCAGAAGAAGCAAUUUGGACAGAAAAACAGGUGAUGGGGUAAAGGAUAAAAUGCUUUGAAGUUCAAAAAAUAUUUUAGAUCUUCUCUCAGUGAAAUGACAUUAAUGUCAUAGGUUCACAGUAUUAGAUUAUCCUAAUGCUAGUGUCAUGGACGUAACGAAUACAUGUAUUUGAGUUUUACCUUUUAUAUGUCAGCAAGCCAUUUAUGAAUGUAUGCCAUUCUGUUAAACUGUUGCAAUUUAGAAUACUGAAGUUUAGGCAUAGUUACUUGUAGAAUCUCAAUGAAAGCAUGGAGUUUCGAAAAAUGUUUUCUUUAAAUAAUGCAGGGUAUGUUCUUUAUUCUUCAGAUUCACUCACACUCACUGAAGUAACUUGAAAUUCAGUAUUCCUGAGCUUUAUUUGAAAUGACCACGUGCCUAGCUACUUUAGUUUAUCCAUUGCAUAUACUAAAUUCAGUUUACAAAAAAAUAAAUUUUGUGUUAAUUCUUGGAUUCACACUUUCUGUCAGAAGUAAUACAGCUGAAAUGAACUAUAAAAUAAUCUUUAAUGGUGAUUACUAAUGCUGAAGCAUUAGAACAGAUGGAUUCCUGAGAUGUAAUAUAGCCAUGUUAGCUUUUUCCACCAGCCUCGAGAGAAAAGAUGAAGGAAAAGCAACUGUCUGGUAUUGUGAUAGCCCGCCUUUUCCAUUAGGUGUAAAAACAAAAGUCCCUUUGAGUGAAUUUUGGUGGACAAUCUUAGAAGAAGCUAUAAAUCCAAAAAAAAAGAGAUCUUUUAAAAUCUGUUACGUUCUUCUAAACUUUCUGAAUUUAAUUUUAUGCUUUUACUCAGCCUUCUAAAUUGCACUGUCUGUUUUCUGUUAUAUUGCAUAUCUGCUGUUCCUAAAAUUCACAGGGACGAUUUUGUGGCAGGGAUCUUGUUCUUAAACAGUUCUUUGACUUUUGCUGCCAAUUCACUGAACGUUUGCUGGUGACAUUCUCAACUGCUGUUUAAUAAAAUUGCUUUAUAUGGAAAUCUCCACGUUCCUCCGACAUUUAUGUGACUGUUACCAAUGAUUUUUUCCAUCAACAGGUAUCCAUCUCUAUUUAUGACUUCACAGUAUUAGGGAAAAUUAAAUAGGAUUAUUAGGAUAAACAAUUGAAAACAAACCUCUCCAACAGCCUUCUCUCCAAACCUAACCAAAAAAAGUGGAAAUAACACACAUGACAUGAAAUAUUUGAACAUCUUUUUGCUGAUUUAUUGCCCAUUUGAAGAAUUAGCAAGUGAUUUUCAUCUAAACAAACGUAAUAUUAUUGAAUGGAUAGGCACCUCUUUCCUGAUGUUCAUCCUCUCAUUUGAAUUUAGUGUGUCUUUAUAGGGGGAGAAACACAUCACCACUUCUUGUAUAUUUGGAGUGUACUAAAAUUUAACACUGCUCAAUUACACUGGAAAGACCAGUUGUUUUUAUCCACAAUUUUACUGAUGUUAAAAUGAUCCAGAAUGUGCCUGAAUUGAGUCUUUACCCUUAUUAUACUAAAUUUAACUCCAUGACUGCUAUAUUAUCAGGUGCUUCAUAGGCAGCCUGGGUUCUUCAUUGUUUUCCCCAGGUCCCCAGAGUGGUCAUGCCUUAGCAUAGGAUAGCUGGCAACUUAAUCUGCCAAGUGGAAUGUGCUAAUGACUCCAAUCAUUCUUUGUAGCUCGGCCGUAAUUUUUUGUUGUUACUUCCUUUUGCUCCUUGCUACUUGCUAUACAGAUGGCAAAUUAACACAAAGAAGACUGCUGGAUAUGAAUUUUUUGUGGGGUUGGGCUGACUAAUAAAAUAAACACAUCUAUUGUUUUUGUAGUGAAGAUUUACUUUUUAAAAAAUUGUGAAAAAUACCAUGAGAAGUCAUGUUAAUUGUUUGAAGUCCAGUUCUAUUAGUUUGAGUCCAAGCACUCCAUCAUAUUUAACAUAAUAUCCAGAAUUUAUUAGCUGCUGUUUCAAGUAAGGGAUGUCUCCGUGCAGACUGGGGAGAGUAUGUGUUGGCAGCUUUAGAUAUUCUCUCCUUUUCUCAUCUUGCCAAAGUAUAAUUGGAAGAUUGCAAAACAAUUAUUGCUUUAUUCUGUAUUAUGGCGUGGUAAGCUGUAACAAUUUAUGCUGAAAAGAACCACCUUACAUGAAGUUUACUGACAUAUGUAAAACCUACCUACCGUCGGAAUUUGUGGGCUAAGAUCAAUCUCUAUCAAGAAUUGUUUGGAAAUUUACACUUCCUCUUACUUGGUUUUGUCAAUUUACCAGCAUGAUAGCAAUUAAAGUAGUUUGUGAAAUCUGUGGCUCAAUCUAAUAAUGAAUGUAAAAUAACUCCAAAGAUAAUAUUCUCACAGGUUUUGAUAAACGUCAGAAUUAAAUCACCGGAGGUGGGUUUUCAUCACUUUGUUCCUGAAGCUGCUUUCUUCAGUGGAGCAGUGAGUUAUUAGUAUUUACAUAACAUCCAUAAACACUUCUGGAUGAUGUUUACGGUGUCAUUUGUUUUUAAAACCAUAGACUCCCUUCUUACAGGAGGUGGACACAAAUACCAAGACCUGCAUGUAAUUUCUUUAAGGAAUUGAUUUGAACUAGUACCUUUUUGUUAGGAUUUUAACAGUUUUUACACCAAAUUUUGAAAGCUUUCAGUUCUGUUCAUAAUGAAGGAUUUGAGAUUUUUAUUUGUGUGCCUUUUUAUACACAUGUUUUGAUACGACUAUGACUAGGAACUAAUGGCAGCCUCUGGUCCUAACAACAUUCUUGUUGAUUGGCCACCCAGGCUUAAAAUUUUGGCAUCUUAUGAGACAUACCCUAAGAAAUAUGAGGAGUCGUUCAGUAAAAUCAAGUUACAUUUCUCUGUUAACACCCGAACUGAUUUUUAUGUUGAGUCACUGUUCAGGAUGGGGGAUGCUUUAGAACUAGACAUUGUUACAACUGAUGUUGGAGGAGCGUGCUGUCUCAUUAGAGACCCACUACUUUGCUAGCUGCUACACAAAUUUAAAUGUUCUGCCCAGUUAACAAUAUUACCAAUUAUAUAUUUUAAAUUAGGUUUGGGGAAAAUGUAAACAGAUUUCUUAAAAAAACAAAAUUCUUGAUUUAUUGCGUAAACAGGACUUAGUUGGCAAAGAUGUAAAGCUGUUUAACAUGAUUGGAAAUAUGAAAGUAGAAACAGAUGCCCUUCUAAACAAUAUCCAAAACAAAGUCAUAAACCCAGACUUGAUUUUCAGUGAAUAAGUCCAAGCAGUUAGGUUAAGGCAUGUAACUUUUAAGCAGUAUCUUCUAUGAGAGGCAUUCUAAUAUUCUUUUAAUGAUAUGUUUCUUUUGAAACAGCGUUCAUAUAUCAUACAGUCCCUUCAAAUGAACCACUGUCUGCAAUCCUUUUAAGCAUGUAUCCUCAACAACAAUAAUAAAACAGCUUCAAAAUGUCCACCCUGAAGAAAUGAAAUGCCAUUUUGAAAUGUGUUUUAUAUUCUGUAAACAAAAGAGUCCAUUUACACUUACAUUCUUUAGUAUCUUUAGUACUCAGAUAAUUCAAAGCAAAUUUAAAUUCUAGAUAAAACAUCAGCAAUUACAUUGGAUAACCCUGCAGUGUGAACAGUUUUUAAGUGAUGGGGCUGCAAUUGUAAGCUUCAUCAAAAUAGUUUGGUAUUCUGGUUUUGAAUUUUCCCAUGAAGGCUUAAAAGACAAUGAUCGGAAUAUAUUAUUGACUCCUAAUAGUUGUGAUGGGCAUGCACUUUGGAAUGUUUAACAGUAAGUUGCAAUCCUAAGGUUUCCCCUUCCGCCAUAUAGUUUUGUUUUUGCUUACAGUUCUACUGUUUUGGGCAAUACUUGUCUUUACCCUCUGUGGCUUACCUGCCCUUACGUAAAUUCACUUUUGGCAAGGUUUAUUGCCGAAUCAGCUAACUGUAAUCUUCUGCGAAAACAGCUUCUAAUUUUUCCAAGUGGCCAUUGAAAUGUCACUUUCCAGUAUCACCAGAACGUCAUGAAGGUAAACCACACAGUUAGGAACACUGAGUACCACUUGCAUUUAUCAGUCUCUGCAAAGCAACUGGGGCAAUUUUUAGCCCAAAUGGCAUCAUUUAGCAUUGGUAGGGAUUGUCUAGUGACAAAGGACGAUAUCUCUAGAUCAUAGUGUGAAACAACCUGUUCUUAGCCUUUUAUCAACUCUAAUUGUUUAGUUCAUCUCCAGUCCUGCCAACUCUACCAAUACGGUGAUAGUAGGAACUGCAAAUGCUAGACAAUCUGAGAUAACAAGGUGGAUAGCUGGAUGAACACAGCAGGUCAAGCAGCAUCAUAGGAGCAGGAAAGCUGACAUUUCGGGCCUAGACCCUUCUUCAGAAAAUCAAUACAGCCUUCCAGUUGAGGAAUUGGGUGGGAAUCUGCCCUUGUUAUUCAUUGAUUUUAUUUUCUCUCUUUAUAGUCUAGAUAGGGAUGCUGUUUUAUAGGACGACCUUCUUGGAACCUUUUCCUGCAAAUGCAUUGUCUCUUUGACCUCACUUGGCCUUUCCAUGACAAUCACAAAAGCUACCACUUUUACUCGAGCCAAAUUAUGCCCCAGAAGCAAGUCAACGCCAUCUAUAAUUAAACCAUGGGCAACCGGUACUGUUCCAGACAGUCGUCUCUAGGUGCACCCAGAUUAAAGGUACUGGUCUAUACUUCCGGCCAUUACCAUUUACUAAAAUCCAGAUGUUCAGUGUACUGUCUGGUGGAAAAUCUGUGCCUUUCCUAAUGAGUAUUCAGUGGCUCUUGGCAAAAGAUGCUUUAAAAAUGCCUUCUUUUCAUUAAACCUCAUGUGAACUUCCACAAGGUUAAACAGUCUGUCUUUUAUCAUUAACAAUCUUGAGUUUCAAUGAGAUCAUCUCUCGUUCUUUGAAAUUCCAACGAGUAGAGUGCCAGACUUGUUCACAAGACAAUCCCUACAUAUCAGGGAUCAUCCCACCGAACUGCCUCUUAUGAAAUGAUCCUUUUCCUUAAGGAGACCAAAUCAAUUCUCAGUACUCCUGAUAUGAUCUCACUAACAGCUUGUACUGUUGCACUUCCACACUCUUGCUGUUUUAAUUCAACCUCCUUGAAAUAAGAGCUGACAUUUGUUUCGUCUUCCCAAUUACCUGUUGCAUCAGUGUGCCCACUUUCUGUGCUGUGCACAAGUACCCCAACAGAGCAAGCUGCAGCACAAAGGGACUUGGAGUUCAUGUGUGGACGUUGUAUUGGGUGGCAAGUCCACACCCUUAAUGUUGGGAUGAAAAUUAUCCAGGUAUGCAGGAACAUGAUCUAGGAUUAAUAAAAUCUUGAGCAGAUUCUUAGAGGGACACUGUCUCUCCAUCUCAAGUACAAAAUGAUACCACAACCAGCCCUCAAAAAUGCUCAACAGCAUCCAACCAAUAACUUCUAUACACCUAGAAGUGAUGCCUUCCAGAUUUCCUUGAAAACACUCAAUUUCUGCAUGAGACACAAGCAUAGACUUAUUUAUGCAAUCUAGCAACAUUAUCUUAGAACACAGAAAAGUACAGCACAGUACAGGCCCUUUGGCCCACGAUGUUGUGCCAUGAAAUAAUCCUAAUCCAAAAAUAAAAUAACCCAACCUACAUUCCCCUCAAUUCUCUGCUGUCCAUGUGCAUGUCCAGCAGUCGCUUAAAUGUCACUAAUGACUCUGCUUCCACGACUCCCACUAGUAAAGUAUUCCAUGCGCUCACAACUCCCUCUGGGUGAAGAACCUCCCUCUUACGUCGCCUCUACACCUUAAAACUAUGACCCCUCGUGGCAGUCAAUCCUGCCCUGGGAAAAAGUCUUAAAGCAAUAAGGUCAAUCUAUCUUUAGCAGAUUUAUGCCCCGGCGCAGACUUCUCCUUCACAAUGCAUGUUUGUUGGGGCAUCUCCCUGCAAACAGCCCCAUUGCAUCAAUGUUGAAUGCCUGUUCAGCAUUCUACCCCAUCUCCCUAUUUAUUUUAACCAGUGGAUCAGGAAAUUCACUUGCAGCACCAAGAUCAGUAGUAGUAGCUUCCCCUUCUAUCUUUGUUAUGCAAAUUUGCCCAUCCUUUAAAUCUAUUAAACCAACCUUGACUAGCAACCAUAUCUUCACUGUCACUCUUACCGUCAAGCCUAGACUUUAAGACUACAUUCAAGCCUUUUGCUUUUUCUUCAAUAAACGAUAGGCUAACUAGCAUAUGGUGCUAUUGGUGAUCCUUAAACCAAGCAAUUAACAGUAAUUUCUGUAAAUUCUGUAUUUAAUCCACUCCUUUGCUUAAUAAUUACUUAGCCUUCAUCGGCACUGAGCUCAUCCUAUGUUCCAGAAUAUGCGCUUUCUCUUUUACAAUAGUUCCAACUGUGGAACAGCUCAGGCCUAAUUCCUUUCUAAUAUUCAUUGGCAUUUUGCUUUCUUUAGAUUGCUUGCUUUUGUCAACUUUCUUUUCUGCUGUGACAUCGAAGAAACAUAACUGUCAGAUGUGCUUUUAGGUGGCAAGAUGACUACCGUUUUGAAACCAAAGUAGGCAUGUACUCUCGUGAAAUCUCUACAAAGUUGUAAAAGGGAGUUUUUGAACAGCCUCAUAGGGCGCUACUCCUAGUGUUGUGUGCAAUUGACAAAACUCUGUUUGUCCAGCAUUCGAGUCCUGGCACAUUGAGUUGAGCCAAUGUUUUGUGUCAUUCCUUCGGAAAUUAUUUUAGCCUUCCUCUCAACCUUGCGGAGACGUUGAAGGGCUGACACCGCAUUCAUGGUUCAUGCAAAUGUCAGGCUGCACUCAGCCAAUCAUGGGGUGAUGGGGUCUGUAUGAAACAGUGCUGUUACUUCUUUGUUUCUUAAUAUGAAGAAAUGUUUGCAUGUUGAAUCCUGAAUGUUAUGGGAUCUUGUUCUUAACUAGCAGAGUUUGUAAGUCAGAUGUUCAUAUGUCAAGGACCCCUGUACUUCAUUUGCCAACAUUUUGCUCACUUACUUAACCUAUCACUGCCUCUUUGUAAAUUAUGUCCCCCUUGCAACCUAUGUUUCCGCCUAUUUUUCUACAGUUUGCAAUUUUGCUUGCAUCACAUUCGCUUCCUUCCUCCAAGUCGUUAAUAUGGCCGGUUAUAUAUCUUAUCUCUAUUAGGUUUAAAAUAAAAAGGUUCAUCGGGCAGGUUUCUUUAAGAAACAAACUACUUGAUUUCACUGUGAAAACAACUUAUUUUGCAAAGAUGUACUGCUCAUUAAUACUGUUGCGAAUAUCAAAAAGUAAAUUUAUGCCCUUUGAAAUAAAUCGCACACAUGCAUACAGUCCAAUUUCAGAGGAAAAACAUAUUUCUGCAGAGAUUAAUUUUGAAAAAAAAAUUUUGGUUAAUAAAUGUUAUUUUUUUGAUGGAAAGAAAGUAUGAAAUGUUCAAGAUAGCUUUCAGUCAGUGUCAUGACACAAGUACACGGGUGUUACUAAAUACAGGGAGUUGUCGCUGGGAUCUUUGUAGAUGCAGUUUCUUCAGGAAUUAUAGAGAAUUCAGAUACUUUUCCAGAGAAAACACUGGACCUUCCAAAAGGAUUUUGUCAGAAAGACAAUGGAUGAACUAAGUUCAGUCUUUUAUUCCAGCUGUUUCUGGAUAAUCUGUAACACUCAGUGUUGCAUCUUGCGUAAAAUUCAAUAUUUUGUGGACAACAUGACAAGCACUUUUGGUUGGUCAAAGACUCAACAGCAUUUCAAAUAGUGUCCACAAUAUAUGAUAUUUUAAAGAAACUGGAGGUGGUGAGUGACAAUUAAUUCUGUGGAAAAACAACCAGCUUGUGCUGUUGCAGUACCCCAACAGAACUCUAAACCGUAGCUAAAACAGAGCCAUGAACCUAGGCAGUGAUAUUCAAUUUAAAAGUCCAAGCAAUUACCUGGUGCCGCCAUGUGAUUUACAAGAAAUGUCAUUUUAAAAAAGCUCCCAUGUCUUUUUAGUGACCCCGUUUUUUAAUAAGAAACACACGCUUUCUCAUCUCUUCAAAUGAACCAUUGUCCACAAUUGUUGAAAUAUAAUUUCUGAAAAAAAAAUCUGAAAUAAAAACUGAUUGCUGGAUAAACUCAGCAAGUUUGGCAGCAUGUGUGGAGAGAAAACAGAGUUCAUGUUUCAGGUCCAGUGACCCUCCUUCAGAGCCCAAAAAAUUAUAAGAAAAUAAAGUUGAGAAUGUCAGUAUUUUAGUCAAUCAUUAUGUAAAGUCUUGCUCUUGAAUAAAUGAAUAAAGCAUGUAAAAGAUUACAAAACACUCUGAUAAUGCACUAACCAGUUGGUUUCCCUCAGAUUUAAUUGUUUCUGACUAAUCAACACCAGGUCCAUGGGCCAUAUAUCUCUGUACUAAAGGGUGUGGCAGCCAGCUUUACUACAGCUCACCUACACACUGUUUAACUUUUCUGAGAUGUGUAACAGAUUGCAAAUCUUGAAAUUAGCUGUAUUUCUAUCCACAUAUGUGAACUGUUAGCUGUUAAAUGGCAUGAUGUUACAAAGCAAGAGUCAUAGUCAUAGAGUUAUACAGCAUGGCAACAGACUCUUCCAUCCGUCUAGUCCAUGCUGACCUUGUUCCCAAACUAAAUUAGUCUCACUUGUCUGUGUUGGCCCAUAUCUCUCCAAAUCUUUUUUAAAUGUUGUAACUGUACCUGCAACUACCAUUUCCUCUGGCAGUUCAUUCCACGUACGAACCACUCUGUGUAAACAAGAAAAAAAUCCCCCUUUAAAGUCCUUUUUAAAUCUUUCUCCACUUUGCCCCCUUGUUUUGAAUUUCCCCAAGCUAGGGGAAAGACUCUUGCUCUUUACCUUAUCUAUGCCCCUCAUGAUUUUACAAACCUCUAAGGUCAUCCCUCAACCUCCUAUGUUCCAGUGGAAAAACGUCCCAGCCUAUUUUUAUAACUCAAACCUUCCAUUCCCAGCAGCAUCCUGGUAAAUUUUUUCUGAAUGGUCUCUAGUUUAGUAAUAUCCUUCAUAUAACAGGGCAACCACAACUGUGCACACUACUCCAAAAGAGGCCUCCCCAGUGUUCUGUACAACUUCAACAUGACAGCCAAACUCCUAUACUCAAAGGCCUGAGCAAUGGGAAUUUGCUUUCAAAAUCACAUGCACAUAGAAUCUAAGAAGCACAGCUUUUUGUUGUAAACUGGUUUCACAUAAUCCUAGUAUAUACUUGUAGCCAGUUAUUACAGGUAGCCUCUUCACGAGCCAUUUAGCCUCAUCCAAUCAUCCUACUUGUUAAUCAUUCUACUUGAUAUUCUUCUAACAACAAUCUAAUUCCUUCACAAUAAAAUUUAUAAAUUCUUAUGAGCUGUUCUGACAGAGAAUUCAACUGUCUUGCCACUCCUGUGUAGUGUUGUUUUUGUUACACUUUCUCAUUUAAUCAAAUUAAUGCCAUCUUUUAAUAAGCUUUCUUCCAACCAAUGUAAAACAGCCCACCACUGCAAGACCAUGAACUCUCAUCUUUAGAAUCUAGUGGAAAAAAAAUCCUAAGCUUUUAAAAUUCUUGCUGAAUCUACCUUGUGUUAAAUGUCCUUCUAUAAAUGAUCCUCACACUGCGCAAAACAUUCUGUUUAUACCCUAACCUCUUAUGCACAGCCAGUGUUGCCUGAUUUAUUUUACAUUCUUUGUCCUAGUCUUUAAUAGGUUGAUUUAAUUUGUCUGUGUGCUUGAAACACCACUUUUAAUAAUGUAUGUGUCUACGUUUCUUUGCAGAAAAUUCUGCGCAACAGUGUUUUUGUUUUUGUAAAUGUGUUGAAAUACAGCGUUAUGCAAGAUAUUUAUGUUAAAACAAAAAAAAUGUUUAAAGGCAUUGGCUCUUUUGAAACAAAGUUUCCAAUUAGUUUUUCAUCACCCCCUCCUGUUUUGUACAAAGAUAAUUUGGUCAUUGAAGAAAAUGCUCCCAAACUGUAAAUUUCAAUUUAAAAUAGGAGCCUUUUUUUCAACCCUAAGGUAUUGGCUAUGUUGUUUAAUCUCAGGUUGCUUCUCACUAACGUUAAGAAUGAUCCCCCUUGUUUAAAAUGAGUUUCUUUUUCACUUGAACAGUGCCAGUUUAAUCCAGAUCUUGGAUGAUUAUUUUUAAAAACUUUUGGAAUCCUUUCUGGUUUGUAUCAUUUUAAAAGAAUGGAAAAGUCAAAUUUUUAUCUGUGUUUCCAUGAGGCACUAAUUGGUUUAGAUUAAUCAAUCACUUCACCAUCACUUGCAUUUAGCGGAAAGUGCAUUUUAUUACAUACCACCAUUGGUGCAGCAUUUCAGAUUGUGGUUUGCCAAAUGUCAAAUGGAAUAAACAAGUUAUUGUUUAUUGUUAUAAAUUGAGAUUCUUGUAUUUUCAGAUUGUGGUACCUUUGCUUGGUUAGUAACUGACAACCAGGAUUGUUACUUGUGUCCACUUUCACUUUAUAGGGAUUUGACUUGCAACAGCUUAGCAAUUUUACAUAACAGUGUUGUUUGCCAUGUACUUUAUUGCCAAAAACCCUGUAAAAUCAAGAAGUGUAAAAUAUUGCAACUUCAAUAAAAA